GCCGAGAGCCUCAGAGGCCGCCGAGAUCUCGCGGUGGGAAGACGCUUCGCUUUGCCAAUUGCCGAGGAAAUACCUUCGUCCUUCCCGAAAUGGCCGUCGCAGGACCCCGUACGCUCAACCUCGUCAGACAAAACCAGGCCUCGAUCCAACAUGUCUGCUCGAGGGCCAGUUCUUGGUGGUCUGGGGUUGAGAUGGGACCCCCCGAUGCCAUCUUGGGCGUCACCGAGGCAUUCAAGCGUGACACGAACCCCAAGAAGAUGAAUCUUGGGGUUGGUGCCUACCGUGACGAUAACGGCAAGCCUUUCGUCCUUCCAUCUGUGAGGAUGGCUGAGGAGCUGAUUGUGAGCCAAAAGUUAGACAAGGAAUACUUGCCCAUCUCUGGCAGUGCUGACUUCUGCAAGCAUGCUAUUACCUUGGCUCUUGGGAGUGACAGCCCAGCUAUUGCCGAUGGACUGAAUGUAACAGUUCAGGGUAUUUCUGGUACUGGCGCUCUCCGUAUUGGCUCCACCUUCCUCUCGAAGUUCUUCCCAGGUCCAAAGAAUGUAUGGCUGCCAGCACCAACCUGGGGCAACCAUGUUCCCAUCUUCAAACAUGUCAAUAUGGAUGUCAAGCAGUACAGAUAUUACGACCCAAAGACCUGCGGAUUUGACUUCAGUGGAGCAAUUGAGGAUAUUUCUAAAAUCCCCAAGGGUAGUUUGAUCAUGCUUCACGCGUGUGCCCAUAACCCCACCGGUGUCGACCCCAAGGCAGAGCAGUGGGAUGAAAUGAGCAAAGUUAUCAAGGAGAGAGAACUGCUUCCCUUCUUUGACAUGGCAUAUCAAGGAUUUGCCUCAGGUGAUGUAGCCAAGGAUGCCUAUGCUGUGCGCAAGUUCUUGGCUGAUGGCCACAAGAUCUGUCUUUCCCAGUCUUUCUCCAAGAAUAUGGGCUUGUAUGGUAAGGAAAAUAUAAAUGUUUUAUAUUCCCCAAAUGUAUGGCUGCCAGCACCAACCUGGGGCAACCAUGUUCCCAUCUUCAAACAUGUCAAUAUGGAUGUCAAGCAGUACAGAUAUUACGACCCAAAGACCUGUGGAUUUGACUUCAGUGGAGCAAUUGAGGAUAUUUCUGUGAGUAUUAUUGAGGACAUUGCUGUGAAUUUUAGCAUGUACCUUGUGCCAGAAAAAAUCCCCAAGGGUAGUUUGAUCAUGCUUCACGCGUGUGCCCAUAACCCCACCGGUGUCGACCCCAAGGCAGAGCAGUGGGAUGAAAUGAGCAAGGUUAUCAAGGAGAGAGAACUGCUUCCCUUCUUUGACAUGGCAUAUCAAGGAUUUGCUUCAGGUGAUGUAGCCAAGGAUGCCUAUGCUGUGCGCAAGUUCUUGGCUGAUGGCCACAAGAUCUGUCUUUCCCAGUCUUUCUCCAAGAAUAUGGGCUUGUAUGCACCAACCUGGGGCAACCAUGUUCCCAUCUUCAAACAUGUCAAUAUGGAUGUCAAGCAGUACAGAUAUUACGACCCAAAGACCUGCGGAUUUGACUUCAGUGGAGCAAUUGAGGAUAUUUCUGUGAGUAUUAUUGAGGACAUUGCUGUGAAUUUUAGCAUGUACCUUGUGCCAGAAAAAAUCCCCAAGGGUAGUUUGAUCAUGCUUCACGCGUGUGCCCAUAACCCCACCGGUGUCGACCCCAAGGCAGAGCACUCCAUUUGGCUGAAGGACGUCAAGGGUAUGGCCGACAGGAUCAUUAACAUGCGUACCAAGUUGAAGGAGAACCUUGCCAAGGAAGGAUCCAUCCGGGACUGGAGCCACAUCACUGACCAGAUUGGCAUGUUCUGCUUCACUGGCAUGACCCCAGACCAGGUUGAGAAGCUGACCAAGGAGUUUUCUGUGUACCUGACAAAGGAUGGACGUAUCUCAGUUGCUGGUAUUGCUUCCAGUAAUGUUGAAUACUUGGCUCAUGCAAUGCACCAUGCCACCAAAUAAAUAUAAAAGUUCUCAGAUUUAGAUCUAUUUAUUGGGAGUGUGAAAUGGGACUUUUUUAUAAUUAAAUAUCACUGUGAAAAUGGUUUAGAAUACAGCCAAUGUUAGGACAUACACAUUUUAAACUUUUUCAAAAAAGGUUAUUUCUUGUGCUUAACAUUGCUGUGAUCAUGAUUUAAAGAAUUGCACUGCUUUUCUUAACACUUAAAAGCUUUGCUGCAGUGUUUAUUGAUAAUCAGUCUUGAUAAAAAUUUGCUCAUAUGAUAAACAAAGCAGGCAAAAGAUAGUAACCUCCCCCAUUCUGUACAUUUCUGUAGAUAAGUCGACACCCUACAACUUUAUUUUAAAUUGAACCUGACGAGAUUAAAGACGGCCACAUUUGCUUUAUUUGAAGAUGUAAUUCAUUCUGAUAUUAUUUAAAACCAAUUAUGUUGGUGUAUAUACAUCCUGUGUCCCUGCAUUGCAGGUACUAUUCCAUGUACAGGUACUAUUCCAUGUACACAAUAAACAGUAUAAUAUUU